UGGAGAAGAACGGCAGUGGUGUUUCACCAUGGGACUUUUACUCAGCCGGAUUCAGAGUGCUUUGCAGAGUUUCUAUGGGACGGAGGCUCGCAUUCUCCUGCUGGGCCUGGAUGCAGCUGGCAAAACAACCCUCCUCUAUAAGCUGAAGUUGAACGAAACCGUAACGACCAUUCCCACCAUCGGCUUCAAUGUGGAAACGAUUCAGCCCAUCAACAACGUCUCUUUCACCAUGUGGGAUGUGGGUGGUCAAGACCGGAUCAGAGUCCUGUGGAGGCAUUACCAUCCCAACACAGAUGGGCUGGUCUUUGUGGUGGACAGUGCAGAUUGCACUCGCUUUGAGGAGGCCAAGUCCGAGUUGGAAGCCCUGCUGGAGACCAAGGACUUGCAAGACGUGCCCGUAGUGCUGCUGGCCAACAAGCAAGACUUGCCUGGAGCUUGCCCCCCACUAGAAGUGGCCGAAAAAAUGGGGCUGAGGAAACUGCAAGGGCACCGGUGGCAUGUGCAGGGCUGCUGUGCCGUGAAUGGAGAUGGAAUCCCCAAGGCCAUGUGGAAGCUGUCCGAGAUGGUCAAGGUGCAUCGCAAAGCUCAGGGUAGAUAAUCUCAACCCCAGAGUCAUCCGUGACUGGACUUAACGGUCAGGGGUCCCUUUAUCUUUUUACAAAAAUGUUGCAUGGAGGACACAAGACAUCCUACUAAUCAGUUGCUUCUUCUGGCCUUGAGACGCCCUUGAGAUGCCUUCAUCUGCACAAGGUCUAUAUGGGACUGUCCUGCUUAUCCACUGCUGCCAUGGGAUUUGGGAGAAGGUGCGCAUGCCUUAGUGUGCUUCUUGGACACAGAACAUGGCAUAUUCGCAGGACUUCUGUGAUCCAUUGUUUGGAACAAUAAAAGCAUUGUCUUAAUUCAGAAUGUUCCUUAUGGGCCAAAAUUUUGCUUUUACUUUUGUUCAACACAUCAUUAACCAAAAUGAAAAUUCCUGGACUUUAAAACUUGAAUAAUCAGCCCUAUCACUAUAAUCUCUGGAUCCUAGGUUAUUUGAGUGCUUCUGUAAUGUAAAGUUGACCAUUUUCCAUUCUACUUCUGCACUAUAGCUCAUAUGAUUUCUCUCUUCUUUCUUGAUUUAGGAUCGUAUUUUGCCACUUCUGAAUUUUUAAAAAUGUUUUAUUACUGUUAUGUUAAACCUUUUUAAUUUAAUGUAAAGAAAUCACUCCUUCAUUAUUAUAUAUCUUCAAUAAUAAUUUAUUAAAGACAUAUUAAAAUCUCUUCGCAUUUUCUUUAUCUCCAGAGUCUGGCUUAAAACAUGGUCUUUAAAAUAUAUUAGAGCUGUCAGCGGUUCAAGAAAUGGGGUUCAUAGACAGCAUAUUGGAAACCAGAUUUGAGGUGUUUA